CUCAGAACAUCACCGCGCUGGACAGCUGCUGCACGCCAACGGACGGCUUCGAACCAGCCACAGCAAGAGGCUCGCGUCGUCACUCGCACAGCCAUGUCCCGCGGCGACCCCCCGCUCCCAUCGCCCCAUCAUGAUGCACACCGAAGGCGGCCGAGGCGACACGGCCGUCGAAUGGCAGCAGGGCCCAUCUGGCUGAUCGCCAGCUGCCUGCUGCUGGUGCUUCUAGGCAUGCUUGCGCUUCCACUCGCUGUGCCUUCUCUUUUCGUAUCAGCUCGGGACGUGGAGCAGGUCCAGCAGUUCUUUGACGCGCACUCGGCGGCCGGGGGCAACGCUGGGGGGCAUACGAACAACUGGGCUGUGCUCGUCUGUGCUUCAAAGUUUUGGUUCAAUUACAGACACAUGGCGAACACACUCGGCAUGUACCGGACAGUCAGGCGGCUCGGUAUUCCCGAUUCGAACAUCAUCCUCAUGCUCGCCGACGACGCGGCUUGCAACUCUCGGAAUCGCUCACCGGGAAACGUUUGGGCGCAGAGCUCAAAAACUAUUGAACUGUACGGCGACGAUGUCGAAGUAGAUUACCGAGGCAAUGACGUCAGCGUCGAGGGUUUGCUACGGCUUCUUACUGGUCGUGUCCCCCCCAACACGCCGCGUUCGAAGCGCCUAGACUCUGAUUCUCGCUCAAACAUCUUCCUCUACAUGACUGGGCACGGUGGUGACGAGUUCCUCAAGUUCCGAGAUCACGAGGAGAUCAGCGCCUUCGACCUCGCCGACGCGAUCGAGCAAAUGUGGCAGAAGCGCAGAUACAACGAGCUUUUCUUCAUGAUCGACACGUGUCAGGCGAACACAAUGUACAGCAAGAUCUACAGCCCCAACGUACUUGCGACGGGCAGCUCAGAGAAGGACGAAAAUUCGUACUCGCACAACACCGACUUUGAGUUGGGUGUCGCCUUGAUCGACCGCUUUACGAAUCAUGUGCUUGAGUACAUGGAGCACAUCAACAAGACAAGCGAGGCGACGAUGCAAGACCUCUUCAACAGCUACGACCCCGCACACAUCCACUCCAACCCCGGCGUACGCACAGACCUGUUCGGAAGGGAACCAUCAAACGUUCGCAUCACCGAUUUCUUCGGUGGCGUCGCGCAAGUAGAGUUAACUUGAUCAUGCGGCACCACCAUCCGUUCCACAGAUAUGGGAGACACUGUAUUUCUAAGUUUUACAUUACACUCCACUAAUCAGCCCUUAUUCUGAUCUUUGCGUCUUCUUGAAAAUACACGCGCUCAUUUGCACCUAGCAUGCACGAGGGCCGGUCCAUGCUCAUCGUACUCCUGCUUGGACAACCACAACGAGUGGAACGUUCCCAAGCUACUCAGGAUGCUGCCGCCGAUCCAGGACGAGUACUUGCGCUCGACGAGGUUACCGGGGGAGUGGAUUUUGAUCUUCUGACCGGCGGCUUUGAUGCUGAUCUCGUAGCUGAGCCGAUCGGUUAGGCCCGGCAACGAUGUCGAUCCGCCGACGCAGACGACGUUCGAGAAGAGCGCUGCGCGGCUGUCGACGUCGGUUGAGUUAAUCGCUUGCAGCGCCAAGU